CCAGCUUUGUUGGGUUAGCUAGCUGCUAACAUCCCGCUAACUAGCCACUAUUUCCUGCCUGUGACUGGACACAGCAAUGGACAUCGACGCCUUACUGGAAGCGUUUCAAGAUUUUGAGAAGAAAGGGAAGAAAGAGACCUGCCCUGUGUUAGAGCAAUUCCUGUGCCAUGUUGCCAAAACAGGCCAACCAACGCUCUCGUGGUCACAGUUCAAAACCUACUUCCUGUUCAAGUUGGAAAAAGUCAUGGAUGAUUUCCAGGCGUCGGCGCCAGAGCAGAGGGGACUGCAUAAUCCCAACGUGGAGUAUGUCCCUUUUGAAGAAAUGAAGACGAGGAUCUUAAAGAUCGUGGAUGGUUACAAUGGAAUCCCAUUUACCAUCCAGCGUCUCUGUGAACUCCUGAUGGACCCCAAACGAAACUACACCGGAACAGACAAGUUUCUCCGGGGUUUGGAGAAGAAUGUAAUGGUGGUCAGCUGUGUGUACGCCACAUCAGAGAAAAAUGGGGCAUCGACUGUAAACAGAAUGAAUGGAGUGAUGUUUCCUGGCAAUUCCUCUCUAUAUUCAGACAGUCGGAAUGUGAAUGGACCAGGCACGCCAAAAUCACUCAACAGACCAAAGCUGUCACUGGCGUCCUCGCUCUCCACCAACGGGCUUCCGGACUGUCCUGUCAGCAAAGAGCCCGAGUCAACCACAGAGGAGGAGGACGAGGAGGAGGAAGAGGAGGAUCAGGAUCAUAUCAGUGAAACCACACCAUCAGAAAAUCAGACGACAGCAAACAGCGGGAUCAAAAACAAACACUCUGAAGAAGAGGAGGAGGAUUGUGAUGCUGACAAGCAGGAGGUGAAGAGGCUGAAGUUUGAUGAGAAGGAGGAGGAGGAGGAGGAGGAGGACCAAACAACAAGUGAAGACAAGGAGCCAUCAUGCCAUAAAGAGCCAGAAAGUAUGGCAGAGGCCCCGGAGCCGUCCAAAGACUCGAGUGGUCAGGAAGAGGACAGUGAAGCACCUCGUGACGGAGCCGCUGCUUCAGACCACGGCGAGUCCAGCAGCACAAAGAGCGAAUCCUGUGAAGAACAAGGAGACGCCCACAGCCUAAAGAGUGACAACACUGAGGACCAAUCGGAGCAGCCCAUCUCCUCGGAGACGAGGACGAGCUUUGAGCAGGAAAAUGGGGACAGCAGCAGCAGCAGCAGCAGCAGCAGCAACAGCAGCGAUGGAGACGGCUCAAGCAGUGAGAAGCAAACCCCUUCGUCCAGCAAUUCACCCGACUUGUCAACAGAGGGUGGUGCUGACACUUCAGACAGUGCAGGAACUGCAAAAGAACCUGAAGAACAUGACUGACCUGAAAGGCCAACUCACAAACUGACUGUUGUUUGUUUUCUUGCUAUGUUUUUUUUUUUACACUGUAAAAUACCACAGCAGUGGUAUAUUUGUAGCACUGUGGACCUUUUAGGCUUCAGGAUCCGAGGCCGCGUGGACCUCACAGUUCCUCAAAGAGGGAUCUUUAUGUCCUCUUCAGUUUCAAUGUCUGGAGGCCACAAGUCGCCCGAUCUUCAAACUGGAAGGAGACGAUUACGGAGACUGCCUUUUUCACUGUUGACUCAAAAAAAUUUUCUAAUCUUUUUUUUUUUUUUUUAAUCUAAACAUUGUAAUGUAACCCUGAUAACUGAUGUAUUCAGCAAUUUCGUCCUGUCAUUUGGCAUGCCUUCUCCAAAAAGAUUAAUUUGAUAGCAUUGCGUUCUGGCCUUAGCGUUUGUGUCGAUGACCUUUCUGAUGAAUGUGUCUCUCUUCAGGUGAAGGAGAGGAUCCAUCAGUGAGAAUGUGAAGCAACAUUUCACAAAUCGUUUUUUUUUUUUUUGUUUUUGUUUUUUUGCUUUUCCUACAGAGCACAUACCAUGAAAAUAAUCCUCUUCACAUUAUCUUGCACUUGUUAGCAUCGAUCUCUUGAAGGAUGUGGAAAAUGUUGUAGUUUUGCUUUAUCACUGUAUGAAGCCAGUAUAACACAAUAUUGCCAGUAGUGACAUGUUUGGUUAGAUUGAAUAUUGGUUUUUGUGUAAAAGUGACCAUUUCAACUCUGUAAACGCCACACAAGGUACUUCUACAUGUUCUCUGUGUUCUACCUUUAGUUGUACAACCAACACUUUUGAUAAUUAGAGUUUUUUACAGUUCAUAUCUGUAAAUCAGUUUUUGUAGACUUGUUAUACUUGUCCACUGCCUUUGUAAAUCUGAAAAUUGCUGGAAAGUGAAGGCUUGAGCUUGUAUCAUAGUAUUCAUGGAAAGCAAUAAAUGCGGAAA